UCACAGCAGAUAAACAUGGCCGAGUUUUCAAUCAUCCGGACUAUAAUUUCUCUUCGCUAUAUAAUCACUGUUGAACCAGUAUUGCUCUGUUACCUGGCAUCUUUAGCUCUACAAAAGCCCUUGCUACAACAGUUCCUAUACGACUAUGYCAGCAAUAGCUAUAAUUUUACCAAGGCUUUGAGUAAUGAAUUGUGUGACCCGAAUAACACGGCCUCAGCUAGAAAUGUAAGUUUAUCAACUCUUGGUCUGACCGAAACGAAUUCGGAUUUGACGAAUUUGGAGAACAAAGUUCAAGCAAGGACGUCGUAUAUUCUGCUUCUCUUGAGUAURACAAAUACAAUUCCGUCAGUGUUGGUGUCGGUGAUGUAUGGAGCCUGGACGGACAGGGUUGGAAGAAGACCUCUUUUGAUCCUUUCGUUGGCAGGAUUCGUCAUUCAAAACUUGUCAGUGGUUUGUGUUUCUAAUUACGCCCUUCCAUACUAUUUGCUGUUCAUUGGGUCAGCGAUAUCUGGACUCUCUGGAUCGUUCUCGUGUAUCUUGCUCUGCGGAUUUGCGUACAUUUCUGAUAUCACAGAUUCCAAGAAUCGUGCAUUCCGUAUUGGUGUUCUUGAGGCUAUGAUCUAUGUUGGGAGCACUGUGUCUUUUUUUGUGAGUGGAGUCUGGGUACAACAUUCUGGAGGGUACAAGCAGCCAUUUUGGGGAGCCUUUGCUAUGGCACUUUUCGCCCUUCUUUACACAAUCAUCGUCCUCCCAGAGUCAAAAUGCUCAAACGACACCCAACAAGCUACCCGAUUGAACCCAUUCAAAUGUUCAAGCAUCACAAACAUGGCAAACAUGUUAAGACAAAAACCAAUAUUAGGUGUGGGUCUGCUAGCCUUCUUAUUAAUAGUGUUUGGAGCGUUCAACGAUAUUAUAAUCAUCUACCUCAAAGCCCAUCCCAUAUGCUGGAAUGCUCUCCUCGUAGGGGUAUGGUACGGACUCCAGACCGCAACCAAGGCCAUUGGACUGGUAGUGGGAACAAAAAUCUUUCAGAGGUUUUGCUCGGAUUCAGUCAUGAUCCUAAUUGGGAUAAUAAGUUGGAUUUUAAACAGCAUCAUGGUUGCUGUUACGACAUCUACUUUAGUAUUAUUUCUGUCUUUAGUUCCUGGAGUGUUUCAAGCCAUGUCUACUGCAGGCACCCGCACAGUGCUUUCCAAGUUGACACCGAGGGACAAACAAGGAAUGAUUUUUUCAGCGGUCGGGAUGAUCGAAGCCUUGGCGAGUUUCUUAGCUCCUCUAGUGUAUAAUACCGUAUACCCGGCAUCCCGGAAUGUACUGCAYUUUCCACCUUUUUGUUUUUAUAUGACGGCUGGGAUUUUAGCCUUGGCUGUUCCACUGGUCUUGUUGGUGUAUUUCAAAGGAGUGCUUCCAAUGAAAUAUCAAUCAUUUGUUGAUUYUGAUGUGCCUUCUGUUGUUGAAGAUAAGGACGAAGAUAACAACAAAGAACAAUGCAUCGGCAAAGAAGAAGAUUAAUAUCAAAGCUGUCAACGACUGAACUAUUUUUUUAUUAACACGUACAAGCCGUUUUUCUUACGUAUUCUAUGCGCAAAUUAAUAAAAAUUAAUUUCAGUGAAGCAAAAUUAA